ACAUUUUUUCUUCUAUUAAUUAUAUAGCCGCAACUUGGCCGUCGAUAAUCUACUAUUAUGGUCCAAUGAUCAUUUACAUAACAUUGUACACAACACUAUAUAUUGUUACCGCCUCUAAGAUAUUCUUUCAAAAUAGGAUCAAUAGACGUCAGCUAACACAAUCGGAGCGUCAACGAAAUUUGAGGACUCUGACUAAUUUUGGAACAUUUUUCUGGCUCUUUGUCAUUAUGGGCGUUUUCUGGAUAUUUGAAAUCAUUUCCUAUUUUGGAUAUAUCUUCGACAUAUCAAUUAAGUGUUUUGAUGUGAUUACUUGUUGUCAAGGUAUCACUUUAUUUGUAGCAACAAUUUUGAAAAGAGAUGUGUUGAAUGCGUUGGCUAAUCGACUUCGUAUUGGAAAUACUGUUGAUGCGAGCGCAUUGUAG